AUGGAGGGAGAGACUGCGAGGAAGAGGAAGAUGCCCCAGGACACCCAGGCAGAGAAGGAGCUGAGGAUGGAGACCAAGAAGGACAAAUUCCCCCAACAGAACCUUGUGGAAGAGGCCGUUUUGAGCAGUGCCAUUGUGCCGAAUUCGAACUGGGAGGAAAUGCCUCAGAGAUCCCACAGGAAGAGGGGCUCCAAAUCCAGCCCAGGGUGCUCUCAGGAGGAAAGACCCACCCUGAGCCAUGAAGGCAAACAGAGCUUCAGCCAAAGCUCAGAGCUGGUGGUCCAUGAGCAGCUUCAUGAUCAGAAGAAGCCCUACAAGUGCUCAGAGUGUGAGAAGAGCUUCAGGCACAGCAGCACCCUGAUGAGCCACCAGAUGACCCACACUGGGGAAUGGCCCUACGAGUGUGGGGAGUGUGGGAAGGGCUUCAGCUACAGCUCCGCCCUCAUCACCCACCAACGCAUCCACACUGGGGAGAAGCCCUAUGAGUGUGCCCAGUGUCAGAAGAGGUUUCAGACCAGCUCCAGUCUCCUCCAGCAUCAGCAGAUUCACACAGAGGAGAGGCCCUUCCACUGCCCUGACUGUGGGAAGGGCUUCAAGCGCAACUACACCCUCGUCAGCCACCGGCGCAUCCACACUGGGGAGAGGCCCUACGAGUGUCCUGAGUGUCAGAAGAGGAUUCACACCAGCUCUGAUCUUCUCCUGCAUGAACGGAUUCACACGGAUGAGAGACCCUUCCUCUGCCCUAGCUGCGGGAAGGGCUUCAAGCACAACUCCCACCUCAUCAGGCACAAUGGACCUACACCGGGGAGCGGCCCUACGACACCGAUUCACACGGUCGAGAGGCCCUUCCGCUGCCCUGACUGCAGGAAGGGCUUCAAGCACAACUCCACCCUCAUCACCCACCGGCGCAUCCACACUGGGGAGAGACCCUACGAGUGUCCCCAGUGGCUGUUCCUCAGCUCCGGCUCUGCCCUCACGCAGGCCGGGGGGCCUGGAGAGCGCGGGGCGGGGCUGUGCCGUGUGCAGAGCCCGCCCCUGGCUGGGAUUGGGCGAUGCGGAGCCAUUGUCAGAGCGUUUGUGCAGGCCCGUGAGCGGCGGCAGCGGCCGGAGCGCGGUGAGGCGGCGGCGGAGCUCGGAGGCGGCCGCAGCGCAGGAUUGCCCAUUGCCAACCCCAGGGAGGCUGCGAGGAAGAGGAAGAUGGCCCGGGACACUGAGGCAGAGCAGGAGCUGAGCAUGGAGAGCAGGGAGGACAAAUGCCCGCGGCAGAACCUGGUGGCAGAGGCCGUUUUGAGCGGCUCCACGGCGCAGGAAGCCAAUGGGGAGGAAAAGUCCCGGAGAUACCGCACGAGGAGGGGCUGCAAACGCAGCCAGCGGGGAUCUGAGGGGGAAAGAGCCAGCCUGGGCCGGGAAGGCGUCCGGAGACGGAGCCAGAGCUCGGAGCUGGUGCUCCAUGAGCAGCUCCAUGGUGGGGAGAAGCCCCACACGUGCAUGGAGUGUGGGAAGAGCUUCAGGUGGAACUCCAAACUGAUUGUGCACCAGAGGGUCCACACUGGGGAACGGCCCUACGAGUGUGGGGAGUGUGGGAAGAGCUUCAGGUGGAACUCCCACCUGAUCAGGCACCAGAAGAUCCACACUGGGGAGAAGCCCUAUGAAUGUGGAGAGUGUGGGAAGAGCUUCAGCCAGAGCUACAACCUGAUCACGCACCAGAGGACCCACACUGGAGAAAGGCCGUACAAGUGUUCCGAGUGUGGGAUGUGCUUCCGCCAGAGCUCCAGCCUGAUGGUGCACCAGAGGACACACAGAGAGGAGAGGUCCUAUGAGUGUUCCAAGUGUGGGAAGGGGUUUAAGACCAGCUCCAAUCUCCUCCAGCACUAUCGGAUUCACAGAGAGGAGAGGCCCUUCCAAUGCCCCGACUGCGGGAAGGGAUUCAGGCACAACUCCCACCUCAUCACCCACCAGCUCAUCCACACUGGGGAGAGGCCCUAUGAGUGUGAUAAAUGCAGGAAGAGGUUUCCGACCAGCUCCCAUCUCCUCCGGCACUAUUGGAUUCACAGAGAGGAGAGGCCCUUCCGCUGCCCCGACUGCGGGAAGGGAUUCAAGCACAACUCCCACCUCGUCACCCACCGGCGCAUCCACACUGGGGAGAGGCCCUACGAGUGUCCCCAGUGUGGGAAGAGCUUCUGCAGCAGCUCUGCCUUGACCCAACACCAACGGAGGCACCACUAAGGGAAGCCCUGCGAGUGCCCCGAGUGUGGGCAGAGCUUCGUGCGCUGCUCCAGCUCCAUCCCCCACUGGAGGAGGCACUUUGGGCACAGCCCUGGUCACUCACAUUCCCUGUGAUCCAUGUUGGGAACACACCUGGCUGCUUCGCCUUUUGGUUUGGCCUUAAUUUUCCUCUGCUUCACCUUCAUCCUUUAAAAACACCCCA